AUGGCCUGCGAUACCUUCACCGCGGACCACCCAUCAGCUGCAGUAACACCGCCGCAACUGGGCAGCACUUGGUGGUCAUCUGGUUAUGCGACGGGAGGGCACGGCCCGAUACGCGAUCUUCGACAUCUUCCCAAGAAAGAAUCAGAUCACUUGUUGCAGGACGGUAUCUUAAAAGACGUCCGCGAGAGGUUCGCCGAAUAUGACGACCCCCCUACUAACCUACUGGCACGUACAACAACGGGCGUCCGCGAGAGGUUCGCCGAAUAUGACGACCCCCCUACUAACCUACUGGCACGUACAACAACGGACGUGCAAAACUACAUGCGCGACCUAAUUCAUCGACGGAACGAGGUCGAGGACUGCCUCGAGCCGAGGAUGGAGUCCAUAAACUGUGCGGGCGAUGUCGUUACUAUCUCGUGGCUGUCAAACAAUGAGGUCAUCUGCGGCGUAACGACGCACUCUGACAGUCGAAACCAGCAGUACAACAAGCCUGGCCGCGUCGACUGCGUGUAGUGGCCCAUGCGCGGAGGCUACAAAACCUUACGAUUCUGAGCAUUUUGAG